GGGUGGUCCUUCCGCAGAAUCUCUGGCACGAACAGACACUGACGCAAAUAACAGCGAAAUUACUCGUCCUGGCGUUAGUUAGGUUUAAGCUGUUAAAAAUAUGGUAUUAAACUAACAGCAAGUACACAGGGAGCGCCACUGAGGCCGGAUAGUUAUUCAUCAUCAUGGUGUCUGCGACAGUGCUCCAGUUGGUGGUGUUAGCCUGCCUUGUCUCUGCUCUACCUGCAAGAGCUGAAAGCCUCUUGGUAAUAGCCCCACAGUCUCCGGUGCUCGAGAUUGGGACUGACUUCACGGCUACAUGCAUGAUCAUCAACACAGAUGAAGUUACAGCAGAUGACCUCUACUGGAAUCUCUCUAAGACUACUGUACCCAAAGAACAGUACACCAAGAUCAAUGCAACAGCUCUCAGUGUCACUGUGCUUGUCACCCAUGAAGAACCUGAAUGGUUAUUUUGCUUUGGCAAGAAAUUGUCAUCUUAUUCUCUCUGGAACCAAGGCAGAUUUAUGCACGGGAUCUACAUUACCAAAGGCUAUCGUCCAGAGAAGCCAGAGAAUCUGUCCUGUGUGGCAGUUCAAGAGAAAAAGUACAUUUCUACAACCUUAAGCUGUAAGUGGGAAGCAGUAGGACGUCAGACCACAGGAGUCCCUACAACAUAUACACUAUAUGUUGCAGUCAUCUUGUCUCGGGUCUACAAUGUGUCAACACGUAAAAACAGUGCCCAAGUGGAAUUUGAGGACAGUUUCCCCAAUCACAUGACCCUGGAGAUUUGGGUGGAGGCACACAAUAAACUGGGAAGAAUCGAGUCGGAGCACCUGAAGGGAGACGCAGGCUGGUUUGUUAAAACAAACCCUCCAUCAGAUGUCAAAGUUAUUUCAGAGAAGGGUUUCUCCACCUCCCUUCUGAUAAGCUGGACUCACCCUAUUCCGAAAGAAUAUGUCCAAUUAAUAUAUCAAAUAAGAUACUGCAUCAGUGGAUCUCAGAAUUGGACUGAUGUACCUCUUUCGGACACUGCCAAUUACAUUCAGUCCUUUAGGCUCCAGAACCUUAAGCCAGACACAGUAUAUGUUACUCAGGUUUGCUGCAAGAAUGAGAAGGGGGGCCAUGGUAUCUGGAGCAACUGGAGUACCAAUGCCACCGAGAGAACACCAGAGGACCGACCAACAAGUAAACCUGAUUUAUGGAGAAUCAUUAUUGAGGGUGACAGCAUCAAUAAACGACGCGUGCAGUUCAUUUGUAAGGACCCUGAGUCAGCCAACGGUAGGAUCACAAGAUUUGAAAUGAAGCUUGGGAAUUUGGAGUGGGAGAGCAUCAACAGGUCAGAAAGCAGCUCCAGCCAGCGGGAGAUCUCUGUCCUCAAAGAGAUUCAGCUGGCUGACGAGGAGUUUGUUCGAGUAGACGUCACCGCUGUCAACUCUGUGGGGAAAUCUCCUGAGGCAUCAUUAGUCAUCUCAAGAAAAGCACACGAGUUGGCCCCAAUUAAAGAGCUGAAGGUGUGGCCCCAUGAGGGCCAGCUGUGGCUGGAGUGGAAGCCCCCCAACAGUACAUCUCCGUCCGAGUAUGUGGUGGAGUGGGUCAGUGUUGAAGAAACAGACUGGCAGAGGGAACAUAGGAACGCCAGAAACACUGCCAUCAGAGGCACCCUGAAGAAGUUUGUCCUCUACAAUGUGUCUGUGUAUCCAAUCUACUCUGGAGGGACCGGGAAACCAUUGAGUGUAGAAGCCUUCCUGGAGCAAGGAGCUCCGUUGGAAGCCCCCACUAUCAGACUGAAUGGUAAAGCAGGACGGAAUGAGGUCGAGCUGGUGUGGAAUGACAUUCCCCUACAAAAGCGUCGAGGCUUCAUCACAAACUACACCAUAUUCUACAGAAGCGAAAAUGGAGCACAUGAAGUCACAGUGCCCGGUAACAGCACCUCAUGCACUCUGAGGUCACUGACAGGCAACACCAAGUAUGACGCCCAGAUCAGAGCUUCAACUAUCCAAGGCUCAACCUUCAGCUCUAAUCAUUCAUUCUUCACUCUGAAAUAUGCACAAGGAGAGAUGGAGAGCAUCGUGGUGGGAGUGAGCCUCGGCUUCAUGUUUAUUGUUGUCAUGACCAUGCUGCUCUGUGUCUACAAAAAAGAUGUCAUCAAGGAGAAUUUCUGGCCUCAGAUUCCAGAUCCUGGAGAGAGCACCAUUGGAAACUGGUCUCCUGAUUAUCCUCUGAAAGCAGAGACACCGAAGGAGAACUGUGUAUCUGGCAUCAGUGUUCUGGACGUGGAUGUGUGUGAUGGAAAAUGUGUGUUUGAGGAGGACAAGACCAGUCUGCCUUUGAAGAAGGACAAGUAUCUGUCGGAGGAGCACAGCAGCGGCAUCGGUGGCUCCUCCUGCAUGUCCUCACCUCGCCAGAGCGUGUCCGACAGUGACGAGGGCGGAGACAUGCCCGACACCACUGCCAGCACCGUCCAGUACUCCUCGGUGGUGGCCCCCAGCGGUUACAAGGGCCAGACGCCGAACUCCCAGCCCCAGCAAGCUAUUUUUUCACGGUCCGAGUCCACGCAGCCCCUGCUGGACUGCGAGGAAAACCCAGACAUGUUGGUGCAGGAGGGCAGCAGACACUCCCAGCGUGUCCCCCGACAGCCCUACUUCACACACAGCACAGGGAACCAACACAGCACCAACCCUGCUGACAUCAGCCAGCUGCACAUGGAGCAGCAGGAGGAACUGGAGCCUCUGGACUUCUGUUCCCUGGAAGAGGACAAUGAGCAGACACCUACAGAUGGCCAGUCAGCUGACUGGCUGCCAGCAGCUCCAGUGUCCAGCUACAUGCCUCAGCUGGGUGGCUACAGGCCACAGUAAGAACUCUCUGUCAAUGCUUCUGUGCCUUUCUAUUUGUCAAAUGUUCUUUUCAAGUCUUUGAAGCGCUGAAGACGACUGUACCUGUAUGUUUUCUGCUCCUAACCAAGUAGAGAUAGUCCAGAAUGCUUCAGGAGAGUUAUUGCGAUGUGAAGUAGAGCUUUUAGCCGUAGUUUGUCAGCUUUGCACUCACACAGCAUCAUCUUUAUAGCAGAAUAAUGGCCAAAACAUACGCCAUGUAUUAAUGUUAUGUGUUGUUUUUUAUGUCUUCUGAAAAGUGACUCAGAUGUAAACCACAGUUUUCAAGAGUGAUGGGCGCUGCAGCAGGCAGUCUCUAUGUGAGCAGGCUGCUGCUGCAGUGCCCUCUUGUGGAGGGCUUGUACCUCUGCAGGAAUAUUACGCUUGCUGAACAUUGUCAUUUUAAGGUGAAGUGUGUAAGAUUUAGGAGGGUAUGCUGGCCUCUAGUGGUAAGUUGCAGAUUGCAGCCAGCUAAAACUUCUCCCAGCUAGAAUUCCUUCAGCUUUUAUUAUUCAGGAGGUUUUUAUCGGGAGACAAUUGAUCCACAGAGGUUUCCUCCUCUUUGAAACAAACAAGGAAGGUGAUUGAAACAGCUGUAAAAACAGAAUGAAGCAGUUUCAUAUUACAAAUCAGUGAAUCCCUGAUGUGGUUUUGCACCUCGGGGAUGGGCUGCUCGCACAUCACAUGUUCAACCCUUUUUCUCACAAGUUAAUGUGUGCUCACCUUUUCUGAUGCAGACAUUUAGGAGGCUUUUACCAUGAGCUGGGUUAUCCACAGAGAUUAGUUCCAGUUUAAAAAUCCAAGGAUUUUUGACACACUUUGGCAUGUUGCUGCAGGCAGCUAGUCCAACACAUGCCAAUGUUUAGUCACCUUUUUUCUGCGAUAACUUAAGAUCCAGACGUUGAGGAGGUUUUUACUAGAAGCUGAAUUAUACACAAAGGUCACUUCCUCUCCAUAACAAACAGACCUGGUGAUUUAAACUGCUAGAAACAGAAUAAAGCACCUUCAUCUUUCAAACAGUGGAACUCCAGCGCUGCUCAUUGCAGUUAGGCUCCUUACUAUGGAGACUGACAUGAAAACUUGAAUUGCCGUAUUUAGAGCCAGUGUUUGCUUUGUCCGAUCUGGGCUAACGUGGAAACAUGGUGGUGCAACAUGUCAAUCUCCAUAAACUAGGAAUGGCUCUCUGUGUAGAUCUGUAGGCUUACUCUAAGUUAAGGAGAACACAGCUGCACUUAUUUUCAGGUAAUUAUACACUAAAGAAAACAGACAUAUUACAUUAUAUUUGCUUUUCUGCCAGUAUGUCCUCCUAAAUCCUACACACGACAGCUUUAUUGUUCUUAGGAUAUGUUUUCUGUUUAAGUAUAAACACUGCACAUGAAUGUAAUCAAGCAACACUGACAUGUACAUGAUGCCAGUGCACGUUCAAUACAAGCGUUCACUUUAACUACCUUUGAAAAUAGGAAUAGGAUAUUACAUAUCUGAGUUAUGUACAGUUAGUUGCUCACGUCAUAUAAUUUAGCUUUUUUGUGGAGGUCUUCAUUGUUAAUUUCAGUGAAAGCAAUGGGUAAACAGCAAUGGGUAAACAGUCAUAAACAGAUUGACUACAAUGUUCCUGCAUUCCUCAGAGUUCAUCUGUCCCACAGCAGCCUGUGUCAGAGCAACAGUUUCUCUUUAGUUCUUCUCUGAUGAUGUUUGAUCAUAUAUGAAUGUGCUGUUAUCAUAGACAGCUGAUGUCCUGUGCUCACUGAGGACGACAUGGACCUGAGUGUGGAGGCAGCCUGACACAGGAUGAUAUCAGUCCGUCACUGUGUGCCUCACCUGCUCUCAACUGUUCUGAGGACUGCAAAGCUCUGAAUAGAAGCAUUUCAUUAAAAAAAACACCUGGAGGCCUAAAUUCAGCUCACCUACAAAGAUUAGAGUUGAAAGCCUCUGUGGGAUUAAAGUUACUGUCAUGCUAAAUGAAAAACAUGUAAAACUGCAGACUGAAUCUUGUGUUGCUGAAUUUUUUUAAAGCACUUUUUCAACAUGAACUGCUGAAGAUGUCAAGCAUUUCAACUACAGCCAAAAGGUUAAGGGUUGCUCUUUUCUGGAACGCAGUCAAUGAUGAUCAUUAUAAAAUAAGAAAUAAAUGUUUUAACUAA